UCCGGCGCCGCUUCCCGGGAAGUUUCAAGUUUGAAAGUCCUGGCGGAGGGGCUGCGGCUUCCGGGACCGGAGUGGCGGAGAGGAGGGCCCCAAGCGGCCGGAGAGGCGCCAUGGAGGAGGGGGCGCCGCGGCAGCCUGGGCCAACCCAGUGGCCCCCGGAGGAUGAGAAAGAGGUGGUCCGGCGGGCCAUCCAGAAGGAGCUGAAGAUCAAGGAGGGGGUGGAGAACCUGCGGCGCGUGGCCACAGACCGCCGCCACUUGGGCCAUGUGCAGCAGCUGCUGCAGUCCUCCAACCGCCGCCUGGAGCAGCUGCAUGGGGAGCUGAGGGAGCUGCAUGCCCGAAUCCUGCUGCCCGGCCCUGGGCCUGACCCGGCUGAGCCUGUGGCCUCAGGACCCCGGCCGUGGGCAGAGCAGCUCAGGGCUCGGCACCUAGAGGCUCUCCGGAGGCAGCUGCAUGUGGAGCUGAAGGUGAAGCAGGGGGCUGAGAACAUGACCCACACGUGUGCCAGUGGCACCCCCAAGGAGAGGAAGCUCCUGGCAGCUGCCCAGCAGAUGCUGCGGGACAGCCAGCUGAAGGUGGCCCUGCUGCGGAUGAAGAUCAGCAGCCUGGAGGCCAGUGGGUCCCCGGAGCCAGGGCCUGAGCUGCUGGCGGAGGAGCUACAGCAUCGACUGCACGUUGAGGCAUCCGUGGCCGAGGGCGCCAAGAACGUGGUGAAACUGCUCAGUAGCCGGAGAACACAGGACCGCAAGGCGCUGGCCGAGGCCCAGGCCCAGCUACAGGAGUCCUCCCAGAAACUGGACCUCCUGCGGCUGGCCUUGGAGCAGCUGCUGGAGCAGCUCCCUCCUGCCCACCCUUUGCGCAGCAAAGUGGCCCGAGAGCUGCGAACUGCAGUGCCUGGAUACCCCCAGCCUUCAGGGACACCUGUGAAGCCCACCGCCCUGACAGGGACACUGCAGGUCCGUCUCCUGGGCUGUGAACAGUUGCUGGCAGCCGUGCCUGGACGCUCCCCGGCGGCUGCACUGGCUGGCAGCCCCUCCGAGGGCUGGCUUCGGACCAGGGCCAAGCAGCAGCGUGGCCGAGGCGAGCUUGCCAGCGAGGUGCUGGCUGUGCUGAAGGUGGACAACCGCGUUGUGGGGCAGACGGGCUGGGGGCCGGUGGCCGAACAGUCCUGGGACCAGACCUUUGUCAUUCCACUGGAGCGAGCCCGUGAGCUGGAGAUUGGGGUGCAUUGGCGGGACUGGCGGCAGCUAUGUGGCGUGGCCUUCCUGAGACUUGAGGACUUCCUGGACAAUGCCUGUCACCAGCUGUCCCUCAGCCUGGUACCACAGGGGCUGCUUUUUGCCCAGGUGACCUUCUGCGAUCCUGUCAUUGAGAGGCGGCCCCGGCUGCAGAGGCAGGAACGCAUCUUCUCUAAACGCAGAGGCCAGGACUUCCUGAGGGCUUCGCAGAUGAACCUCAGCAUGGCGGCCUGGGGGCGCCUCGUCAUGAACCUGCUGCCCCCCUGCAGCUCCCCGAGCACGAUCAGCCCCCCCAAAGGGUGCCCUCGGACCCCAACAACAUCACGAGAGGCCUCGGACCCUGCCACUCCCAGUAAUUUCUUGCCCAAGAAGACCCCCUUGGGCGAAGAGAUGACACCCCCACCCAAGCCCCCGCGCCUCUACCUCCCGCAGGAGCCAACAUUCGAGGAGACUCCGCGCACCAAACGCCCCCACAUGGAGCCUAGGACUCGACGUGGGCCAUCUCCACCAGCCUCCCCCACCAGGAAACCCCCUCGGCUUCAGGACUUCCGCUGCUUAGCCGUGCUGGGCCGGGGACACUUUGGGAAGGUCCUCCUGGUCCAGUUCAAGGGGACGGGGAAAUACUACGCCAUCAAAGCACUGAAGAAGCAGGAGGUGCUCAGCCGGGACGAGAUAGACAGCCUGUACUGCGAGAAGCGGAUCCUGGAGGCUGUGGGCCGCACAGGGCAUCCCUUCCUGCUCUCCCUCCUUGCCUGCUUCCAGACCUCCAGCCAUGCCUGCUUUGUGACUGAGUUUGUGCCUGGUGGCGACCUCAUGAUGCAGAUCCACGAGGAUGUCUUCCCAGAGCCCCAGGCCCGUGUAGGGAUCGGCUUCGGGGACCGGACUAGCACCUUCUGUGGCACCCCGGAAUUCCUGGCUCCCGAGGUGCUGACCCAGGAGGCGUACACACGGGCUGUGGACUGGUGGGGGCUGGGCGUGCUGCUCUAUGAGAUGCUGGUGGGUGAGUGCCCUUUCCCAGGGGACACGGAGGAAGAGGUGUUUGACUGUAUCGUUAACAUGGACGCUCCCUAUCCCGGCUUUCUGUCGGUGCAAGGGCUUGAGCUCAUUCAGAAGCUCCUCCAGAAGUGCCCGGAGAAGCGCCUCGGGGCGGGUGAGCAGGAUGCCGAGGAGAUCAAGGUCCAGCCGUUCUUCAGGACCACCAAUUGGCAAGCCCUGCUCGCCCGCACCAUCCAGCCCCCCUUCGUGCCCACCCUCUGUGGCCCCGCGGACCUGCGCUACUUUGAGGGCGAGUUCACAGGGCUGCCGCCUGCCCUGACCCCACCUGCACCCCACAGCCUCCUCACUGCCCGCCAACAGGCUGCCUUCCGGGACUUCGACUUUGUGUCAGAGCGAUUCCUGGAGCCCUGAGGGCAUCUCCUGGCACCUCUGUCCCCUUCCCCCACAGACUGCUAGAGCCUCUGCUUGCCUACCUGUGUGCCCUGCCUGGAGGUCCAGGCCUUGCCGGGUACUUAUGAGCCCUUGGGACUCGAGGUGGCAGCCAUGGGGCCACUGUUGUGGGCUUUGCUCAGUGUCACUGGGCAAAGUGUGUCCCCUCCCCCUCCAGCUCUCUCUCCUCUACCUCCCAGCGAGACCUGGCCCAGAAAGGGUGCCACAGCAAGGAGUGAUGUGGUUUGUCUUUUUAAGACUAGACUUGCUUUAUAGACUAUUAAAUUUGUAAAAGUGUGCA